UGCAAGGGUGCUAUAGGACGCGCUAAAGCAUAAGAGCCACAAAUCAAGCACACGGGUUUAUGCUGUUUUACCUCCAAAAACAAUCAAAACAACAACAGAACCUACAACCAGCAAAAGGCGGAAUUGUCAACAAAUGAGCUCCUAUUUUGUGAACUCAUUCUGCGGACGCUAUCCCAAUGGCGCGGACUUCCAGUUACAUAAUUAUGGAGACCAUAGUUCGGCAAACGAGCAAUACAGAGACUCCACAGCCAUGCACUCCAGCAGGUACGGCUAUGGCUAUAACGGGAUGGACCUGACAGUCGGCCGGGCCGGUACCGGACACUUUGUGGGCAGCGAGCGGACGCAGGGCUACUCCCCGAGUCACUCAGCGGCGGCGACACCCUCAGUGGAGCAGGUCAGGUACACCCAGUCCGCCAGCAGCACCGGGACCUCGUCUCUAUCGCCUCCACCUGACCCACUGCCGUGCUCCUCGGUCGCCAGCUCGUCCCCGGCUGCAGACACUCAGUCUCAACACCGAGCCGUGAAAAACUCUAUCACGACCUCGUGCUCAACCCCGUGCUCGAGCUCCAACGGAGGCACGCUGCUGCUCAACCGGGACUGUGUGUCCAAAGCUUCGCCCCUCGAGGAGGAGAAGCCCACGGGAAGUGCACCGACAACUCCACAAAAUCCCACCGACUCAACACAGCCUCAGAUCUACCCAUGGAUGAGAAAACUGCACAUAAAUCACGAUCUCGCCGGACCAGAGGGCAAGAGAGCCAGGACAGCCUACACCCGGUACCAGACCCUGGAGCUGGAGAAGGAGUUCCACUUCAACCGGUACCUGACACGCAGGCGGAGGAUCGAAAUCGCUCACGCCCUCUGCCUCUCAGAGAGACAGAUCAAAAUCUGGUUUCAGAACCGCAGGAUGAAGUGGAAGAAAGACAACAAGCUGAAGAGCAUGAACAUGGCGGCUGCAGGCGGGGGAGGCUACAGGCCCUGAUAUUCCACUCCUUCACACCUGAUAACGAGCACUAUAAAAAAUCAAACAAAGAUUUGCCACACGAACUUCUCCUUGUAAAGGCGCAGAGACUUGUGAACGGGGCUGUGUGCGGGACAGGGGACACCCCACUUCCACCCCGCUGUAUGUCAAACAAAAGUCCCAUUAUAUUCCUUAAUAUUAUUUCCUUUUUAUCCCCUCUGUGGUUAUGCUUAUGUGAUUAAAAAAAAGAUGCAUUCUGUACAGUUCUGUCUAGAUUUAGAUGAAAAAGACACAUAAAUGUUUGUUUAAAUUAUUUCUUGUUCAAACGAAAAAAUAAAAAAUAAUAAUAAAAGCUUGAAAUGCUACCUACAUACCGCAAAUAAAUCCAGUCAAAGUUGUGAUGCACUCAGAACAAAAACACCCUGUAGAAGAGGGUUGAGGUCGAGCUGCCUUUGUGUUUAGCUUUUGUUUUCUCUGUAUGUAUUGUAUAUGUAUGUAUUUAUUUGUUCGAUGUAUUGUACCAACCUGUCAGAAAACUUGCUUCCAAAAAGUAGAACCAGCAGUAAAAGCCGUGUGUGGUUAUUGUGUGCGUCGAGGGGCAGAUGUUCCGACCCAGUCUUGUCUGUACAGUAGCUGUUGCUAUGUAUUUUUCUUUUAUUUUUUUUCUUCUUCUGCAGGAGCUGCUUUUUAUUUUGUUCACCUGAGCGCAACAUUUCAGUCAAAGCGUGUUCUGUCUUUGUUUGAGCGUGGAGCUCUCCACAGUAAAUCUCAUCGCCUCUAU